GAUACUUAACCACUGAAACAUCAACUCCAUCACCUCUUUCAAACUCCAAUCCAGGAUGAGAUUUUAAAACACAAUUUGGUGAUUAUGAUUGCUCUCCAUCUCCAACCACUUUCACCACCAAACCCGAUCACUCUUAUUCUCCUUCACCAAAAAACCUCCAUUGUCCCCUCUCUCUCCAGCUUCGAUCUUGGCCAUGAGAACCCUUCUCGGAUUCUACAUCCUCUGUCUUUUACUCGGACAAGAUCUUGCAGAUGACGUCACCCAGAACCUCUGUUUCACAAACCGUUUAUCCGACUUCCUCCCUCCACCGUACAGCAACAUCUCCGACUCCAUGCCAUGUACACCUCUCUGGAACACAUUCGUCUUAAGGUACUCAGAAAACAGAGAAAAUGUAAUGACGAUCAUACUCUCGGCUCUAUACACAACCGGGUGGGUCGGAGUCGGAUUCUCCAGAGACGGAAGAAUGGUGGGAUCAAGCGCGAUGGUAGGGUGGAUUACGAAGAAGGGUCAUGCUAAAAUCAAACAGUACUAUCUCCAAGGAACAGAGAGAGACCAAGUUGUGCCUGAUCAAGGAGAGUUACAGUUACAGAAAGUUCCUCCGGUGGUGGCUCUUCACGGAGCAAUGAUUUACUUAGCUUUUCAGGUGAAGUUUACUGUUAAAGUUCCUCGUAGAGCGGUGAUUCUAGCUUUCAGCUCAGCUUAUCCUUCCAAGCUUGGACGUUUGAGUAAGCAUGAUGAUAAAACUACUGUCAUCGUUGACUUAUCCAAAGCAAAUGGUGUAACAGCAUCCAUACAAACCACAGCUUCCUCGGAGAAGACAAGACAUGGAGUUAUAGCAAUACUGGGAUGGGGUUUUUUACUUCCUCUAGGGGCAAUCCUGGCGAGAUAUCUCAGGCAUAGAGACCCUCUUUGGUAUUAUCUUCACAUCGGUAUUCAGUUCACUGGAUUUAUCUUCGGUUUAGCCGCUGUUAUUCUUGGAAUCCAGCUUUACAAUAGCAUCCAGCCAGAUAUACCUGCACAUCGAGGCAUUGGGAUCUUUCUUCUAAUCCUCAGCAUUCUUCAGGUUUUGGCUUUCUUUGCGAGGCCGCACAAGGAGACAAAAAUGAGACGGUAUUGGAAUUGGUAUCAUCAUUGGAUUGGGAGGAUCUCUUUGUUCUUUGGAGCAGUGAACAUUGUUCUUGGGAUACGAAUGGCUAAUAGUGAAGAAGAUGGAUGGAGAAUUGGAUAUGGGUUUGUUUUGUCAGUGACAUUACUUGCUUUUCUUGUUCUUGAAAUAUUCAGGAUUCUUGACUCUAGCUCUAUUGGUUCACCUUCUUCUCACACGCCUCCUUCUUUUGAGACACAUCCAAGUUCUACUAGCGUUUGAUUAAAGAUCCUCUGUUUUGGAUUUUGUUGGCUAAAGUCAUUAUUGUCCUUAGAUUCAUAGUUAUUGAUUGGAUUUUGUUUAGAUUAGCAUGGUGGAAUUUAUUCUUUUCUUUUCUGAGGUUUGUCUUUUUUUUU